AUGUCCAACGUUUGGUUUUUCCAUCGACGACGGCAGGACUCUAACACAGAAUCAGAUGGCGUUGCGAUUGUUAAGAGAACCGCAUCAGAAAAGUGUUCAACAAAUAAGUCAUCUGGGGAUCGGAGUGAUCUCGUGCCUCCUCUGGUUCCACAAAGAAAUGUGGAUUCCAAACCUGAUGGCCUGAAUCAUUCGGAUAGUCUCGACAACAUGGCACAGCACAUUCCUAGGGUUAGAGUGGAGUUCUAUGUGAAUGAAAACACUUUGAAGGAACGUCUUCAGCUGUAUUUCAUUAAAAAUCAAAGAUCCAAAUCGACGACCAUGUUUCUCCAUUCUUCUUAAUUCCUGCCCAGACUCUCCUAAUUCAAACUUCUCAUCUCCCAGACUCUUCAAACUUCUCAUCUCCCAGACUCUCCUAA